AUGGACACCCACGCGUAUCUCCUCAGCCAAGGUUGGUCGGGUCCGGGCAACCCUCUAAAUCCCAACCGCCGUCCUGGCCCACACGGCGGCCUCGGCCUUACCAAACCCAUCCUCAUCGCGCAGAAGAAGAACAACCAUGGACUCGGGAGAAAGACGACGCACGACCACACGAACCAGUGGUGGCUUCGCGGAUUCGAGGCGGCGUUGAAAUGUGUUGGUGAUGAUGGGAGUGCGACACCUCAGUCUGAUCGAUCUGGCUCAUCCGCGAGUGGAUCGAGCGAGUUAUAUCGAUUCUUUGUCAAGGGGGAGUCGCUAGAGGGAACGAUUGAUAGGAUUGAGGCCAAGGAAUCUGGGACAGUUAAGGGGUGUGUGGGGGUUUCUACCGAUUCUAGGAAAGGGGGAAGGAAACGGAAAAGAAAGCAUCGUGACGAGAAAGACGCCGAUGAGGAGAGGGAUAAGAAAGUAUUGAAGGAGAAGAGACGGAAGAAAUGCAACCGGGAUCAGAGGGAUUGCAGGGAGGGAGGGGACGUAGAAGACGGAAGGUUGGCGAUAGAAACUAAAGAGGAAAAGCGGAGGAAGAGGAGGGAGAAAGAGACUGCAAAGUUAGAGGAAGAUUCUGCAGAUGCUCGUGUUGACAAGAAGGAAUGCAAGAAGCGGAAACGGUUGGACAAUGCCGAUUCUGGUUCACUACCACCCGCCGAAAAGGAAGAGGUGACCGAGCCGGCUGAAGAGCAUGAGGUAUCCGAUCAAAAGGAACGAAAGAAACAGAGAAAGCUGGAGAAGAGCAGAAGCAAGCGCGAGCGCUGA